CGAUAAGGGCGUUCUCAUCUAUUAUAUACAUCUAUCAAACUUCGUCCUUAUAGCCUGGCUCAAUCUUUCCUCCAGUCGCUAUGCCUGACAAGAUUCUCGACGAUAUCUCCCAUCGGCGCUACAAUCCACUGAGGGGGUCAUGGCUCUUAGUCUCCCCUCACAGGACGAAGAGACCUUGGCAGGGUCAGCAAGAAGCCCCAGGAAUCAUCACACUGCCUGAAUACGACCCGAAGUGUUACCUCUGUCCUCGAAACCCGCGAGCGCAAGGCGAUGCGAACCCCGACUAUAAGCAAACCUUUGUGUUUGUAAAUGACUAUAGUGCCGUAAAGGAACAACAGCAAGAUUAUGAGGCAGAGCCUUCAAGUCAUGAUCUCGCCUCACUGCUGCUUCGCGCUGAGGGUGUCAAAGGCAAAUGCUUUGUCCUUACCUUUUCACCCAAGCACAACCUCACCCUCGCCGACAUGCCUGCGGCCGAGACUCUCCCAAUUAUUGAGACGUGGACAAGGAUUUAUGCUGUCCACCUCGCGCCGAGCAACCCCCUUUCUCAAGUCGCCGCCAAGCUCGAUCUCCUAAAUCGCGAAGCACCUCCAGAGUCACUCGUGCCGCCGCCCUCGCAGCAGUUGCGAUAUAUGCAGAUUUUUGAGAAUAAGGGCGCUGCAAUGGGAUGCUCAAACCCUCACCCGCACUGCCAAAUCUGGACAACCAGUACACUGCCGGAAGAACCAGCCGCAGAAAUUGUUCAGUUGACCAAAUACAGAGCCGAGCACCAAGGGCGACACCUGCUGGAGGAUUAUGUCAAGCUAGAAUUAGAGAAACAGGAGCGUAUCGUGUACCAGAAUGAGUCCUUCCUGGUGGUCUGUCCGUGGUGGGCUAUCUGGCCGUUUGAGGUUAUGAUAAUCGCCAAGCGGCAUGUGCGAGCGUUAGUAGACCUGACCGAACAAGAGAGGUUUAGGUUUGCGGAUGCGAUCCAGGAGGUAACGAGGAGAUAUGACAACUUGUUCGAGACAAGCUUUCCGUACAGCUCUGGUAUUCAUCAAGCUCCGCUAGACGGAACAGAUGAGGAAAUCGAGAACAGUUGGUUCCACAUGCAUUUUUAUCCGCCUCUACUACGGUCGGCCACCGUGCGAAAAUUCUUAGUUGGAUAUGAAUUGAUGGCCGAGCCGCAACGAGACAUUACCCCCGAACAAGCCUCGGCGAGGUUGAGGGAUUGCGCGGGAGAGUUAUAUCGGAAAAAACUCCAAUGAUAGGGGGGCGUAUAGCGAAUGGCGAAGACAAUAUAGCAAUAGACGAGGUAUUUAUACCGGAUAGUUGGCAACAUACAUGGGCAGAACUUCAUGGCCUUGGUAUUAUAGAUGCGUUCCACAUCAAACUCGUCGAUUAUGUAUGCUGAUUACUUAUAUUAUUGAUGAUAUUAUACCCAUUACGCUUCUUUCUCCCCCCGAAAAGUCUAUCCCUUCAGGCUUAUACUUCGACGUAGAAGUUAUAUUGGCUGGUCAUCCAUACGAUACCAACGGUGGCAAAGAAGAAGGUUGACGCAAUUGGACCCAUGUGCGCCGUUUUAUAGAUAGCGAAUUCGGAGCCGAAAUGCGCAA